CAUUGGUGCGCUUUUCGCCAGUUUUCGGCAUUGCAACUCGCACAGGAAUGUGCUAACCGCGUAACGUGCACAUAUGCCCGUUAUUGAUGACUUCACUUAUUUUAUUCGAUAAUCUAUUUGAAUUUUGUUAUCUGCAGCUUGCAGGUGCAGUAUGUACAUAUCAACUGUUUGAUUUGUUGAUUCUGCCCGUGAACGCAGUGCCACAUUUCUACCAAUAUACUCGUUCUAUGAUUUGGAACUCUGAUAAGAGGAGACAGCAUCGAUCCUAUCCUAGAUCAUCGUCUGUCGAUUACGCAUGGCUUGUGAACAUGGAAGAAGAUCUGGAACUGCGACAGCCGCUCAACGCAAGAACCGAGGCAGCGGCCCCAGAUCCUGCUCCGGAAUCUCCCGCCGCCGUCUACCAAAUGCUGGCCGUUCCUUGUUUGCAUGCUCGCAGUAAGGGACGGUUUAUGCGUGCCAUAAUACAAUGGCUGGUUUGUUGGCCGGACUACUAUUACUACUACAAAAUGCCCACGAUCUGUGCGUACUAUGGCAUCAUUCUGGUCUUGUCCGAUACGGGCACCGAUGUCUGGGUUUCGUGGACGCAUUUCAAAGAGGGCCAUGUGGAAUGGGCCGGAUUAACAAUGUCCUUCAUCAUUCUUGCCAUUGUUUUUGCAUUGGGCUAUCAUGUCUUGUACCGGAGAGCGCACAAGUGGUACGAAGUGCAUCCUGUGGGCCCAGUAUACUGGUCGUUACAGACUGCGGCUGCUCAUAAAAAGCAGCUUCAGUAUAAAGAUCCAGUUACGCACGAGACCGCUGUGCAGUUCAUCCAUUACACGCACGAAUUAGCCAAUUGCCAGAAGCGGACCAACUAUGGCUGGGCGGACGAGACCUACCUGGAAUCCUAUCCCGAACUCAUUCUGCAGGCUUAUUUCGUUGCCCGUCUCCUGUCCACUUCCACGAAAUCCAGUUUCGAGCACCCAGGGGCGGACGACGUCACAUGGAAUAUGUGGUUUUCCAUCUGUAUGUCCAUCGCGUCGCUCCUGAGUUACGAAGCGACGGUGGCCUAUCGGCGACCGUACGUGCGUGUCCUCUUUGAGCCGUCCAAUCUGGAGCUGAUCGUGCGCAUCAUCCUCGACGUGAUGUGUGCCGGACCCCGCUUGGCGUCGGUUGCGUGCUACUUCACAGUGGAACCGAAAUACAUCACGGUCCCCGCAUUCUGGUGUCUGCAUAUCGCUGUAACGUACAUCAGCUUCGUGCUAAUGGCCCGCCGGAAGAAGGAGGUGGAGGUGCCGAUCUUGCAUUUGAAAUCACAUGAGGAAUUCCGCGGGUAUCGUUCACAUCGCUCGCCGACGAUUAAUCAUUUGCGUGCGACACUGGUCAGUGUGCUGUUGCCGCCGACGGCCAGCUGGCACGAGCAUGCACAGCGGCGGAAGCAUGGCCAAAAGGAAUCGGUGUGCGCGAGGAUUCGUGGGGGACUGCGCAUGCAGUUUAUCCUGGUGAGCCUGUUCCAGUUUUUGGAGAGCGGCGUUCUGAUUGGUAUAUGGUUGUAUUGUCGUUUCGAUGAGAUCAAACUGUUUUAUAAGAUUGCCACACCGACCAUGGUGCUGUCGUUGUUGCUAAUACGUCCCAUCGUUGACGUCUUGUGCCAGAUGCUCCUGUUGUCGCCAGUAUCGAUAGACGAAGCGGAACAUUGCGAUCGGUUUAAAGGGCUCGUUGCAAAAACAAGGCUGCUGCAAGUCGGAGCGGAUAUCUUGAAUAAUUAUGAAGUCGAUUUAUUGCCGCCUCUUCGAAAUUUGGAAAUGUGGUUUCGUGUAUAUGGCCAGGAUGACAUCGACCACCUGUUGAUCUUGCGAGAGUGCCAGAUAGUCGCAGAGUUUUUUGCCCCUAAUCAGGUGAUUUCCCGGCAGAUAUCUAAAGCUUCCAAUGCAAAACGAAUGACUAGCCGCAGUCCAAAAGAAAUUGCACCCAGCCAGCGUCCAGAAAAUGAAGUACUGCUUAAAGCUGUUGGGUUCACAGACUUUGCCAUAUUUCGUCGUGCAGAACUUGCCGCGAAGAAAUGGAUGGCUACUGAUGCGGAUCGUGGUGCAGCCCAUGUGGAAAUCUCAGAACUGCUGCAGGCAUGUCAAGACCGCAUCAGCUUGUGGAAAGAUGUGUUUCUGGUUUGUCUAAACCACGAGCCUUUGCCUAAAUCAUUCACUGAUACAAGUCCGGAAACGGACGUCCAGGAGGGCAGCUUGAUUUCUGAUUACAGGAAGCUGAUCGAUCUCAACAGCAACGCACUGAGAGAGCAGCAAAGUGCCGCUUGAUUCUGUCCAAAUCGUCCUGGUUUUCUUUUGUUGAAGUUGAUCUUUAUUUUGUUUUUUUGACUGUGAUAUGUUGCCUUUUCCGGUUUUCUUUUGUUGCAUCUGAAGAUAAAACCAUGUUAAAAUUUCGGGCAGAAUACGGUGGGAAAUUAAUUCGUUUUCAUGGCCGCGAGUUGUUUUGUGUGUGAGCGUGAACGCAUGUUAUGUGAUUUUUUGGUGUUUAGCUGUUUGCUUGUUUGUAAGUACUAUCGCCGGUGAUUAAGAGUAUGGGUGCUAUUAUGGUAUUAAACAUC